AUGGCUGCUCUGGAUGGCUCCGUUGUUUCUGUUCUAGUGCGUGUUCGCACACCUGUAGAUGGAAGCGAUCGAAGGCGGGUCAUCAGCUUCCGACAAGCUGGUCCCCCUAAACUCGCAGAGUCGGACGACUCCGAACCUCCAGCAAAAGGAGAUGAACUAUCCCUGCCUUCCCGUGCCUCGGCUGCACCCCACGAAGAGCACCAGACCACCUGUGCCGUUGUCACCCUUUCUCAGUCUGCUUUUGGUAAAGGCAUUGGCGCAGCUGGCCAAGACGGGAGAGAUCGCUGUGAGCCCGCGUCUCGAUGGGGUGUACGUAUGCCGCAGGAUGUGGAGGAGAGAAAGCAGGGCGCGACGAAAGGGGCACAAAAAGAGAUCCUAGACAGAAAAGGAAAGUGCGGAAAAGUGCACGUGUUUCACGUUGACGGGGUUCUGGAUGAAGCAGCCACUCAAGAAGAUGCCUUUCGACAAGCUGGACUUCCGGCGGCACUGGCUGUCCUCAACGGUAUCAAUGCCUCUCUGAUUGUGUUCCAGUGCCGCGCAACCGCCGUGGAGAUUUACUGCGAACGCCUGCGGGAUCUCCUUGUCGCUCCGGCGCCCCGUGGACCCACGCUCGUCCUGCGAGAAGACCCGCAGCGCGGCGUCCUCGUCGCAGGCCUCAGCGAAAGGCACGUGAAGUCGGCUGAGGAGCUCCUCGCCGUUUUCCACGCCGCUCUCCGCCGCAGGCGAAUGCGGGAAACACCCAAAAACGCAACGAGCUCCAGAGCACACACCGUCCUCUCUCUCCACGUCGAGACACGGACAACUACCAACGACGCUGCCGUCACCUGUUGCUCGUCUCUCCACCUAGUCGACCUCGCCGGCGCAGAGCGGCAAACUCCCCAGCAGGAAGCCCCUGUCUCCUCCGUUCCCUCUUCGUCUUUGUGGCUUUCCGUGGCGGCUGUUAACGAAAAAAGGAAGGAAGAAAAAACACUAAUGGAGGAGGCCUGCUUCAUCAACAAGAGUCUCAGCACACUCGUAGCUGUGAUUGCGGAGGCUGCCAGUCGCCGAAAUCAUGGCGAAGCUUCUUCUGUUUCGCCGCGUCCGCCUUCGUUUGCUCCUCUGGGUUCAGCCUCUGCCCCUGCUCAGCCCUCCUCGAUAUCGAGGCAUUCCUGGUCUCUGCCGUCACCUACUCUGUCUGUUCUCGCGUCAUCCGCUUCAGUUUCUUCCGUUUCGGCCCCGGUUCCGACCUCUGCUUCCACUUCCUCGUGGGCCGCGACUUCGGCGGCUCUUUUGUCUUCUACAGGAUCGCUGCAGUGCUGGGGACAGGGGACAGGCUCUCUGGCGUCUUCCCUCUCGAGUGUCUGCGGAGACAGCGCGGAAACAAUCCGACAGGAACCCGCUGCCGUCAGUCGCCAGUUGCAGGUUCCGAGAGAUGCUGGAAAACAGGCUUCGUUGCCGAGGGCGCGAGACUCGAAACUCACAUUUCUCCUCAAAAACGCUCUGGACGGGCACGCACGAGUUAUUUUGGUGGCUACCGUGAGCCCCUUGGCGGUUGACUUCACCGCGACGCUGGCGACUCUCCAACUGACUCAAAAGGCUCGCCGAAUCAGAGGGACGCCCGUGGGACACCAGGAAGCAGUUCCGCGACACGCCGGCUUCUCGCCGUCUCUGUUGGAGCGCGAAAUCGUCCGCCUUCGCGCUCUCCUUUCGCGUUUGCAGCCUUCUGCGCCUCUGCAUCCGCCAAGUCCGCCUUUCUGGUCGGGCUCUUCUCUCCACCUGGAGAAUGCGCAAAGAAGGCUUGAUACCUGCUGUCCUGCCUGCGCGCCUUCGCUUCCCCCAGCUUCAGAGGAAAGAAGGCCAGAGCCCGAAGACAACGCGCUCUCCACUGCAUGCCUCUCGUCCGUGUCCGCGCUCUGUACUUUCGACGCGGAAGAGACAACACAGAGAAACCCGAGCUCCUCUUUAGACGCUUCGCCCUUGCCGUCUCCUUCCUCGUCUUCUCUGUGGAAGUCCGACGGCGCGCCGGAUGAUCCCUCAGUUUCUGCUCUUGCGGCGCCUCGCUCGUCUCCGUUUCUGGCGACAACACCCGCUGAUUCCCCGCCUUUCGCGGUCUCUCGCUUUCUCUUUCCGUCCCAGAAGGAUCGCCCCGAGGCCGGGGCUUCCGCGGACGCGUGCGAGCAAGGCGUGGCCGCUUCAGACCCCGAUGAAGAAGACAGAGCGGCAGGAGAGAAUCGCGGAACUGAAGCUGCCAGCCACCGAAAACGGGAGACCCAGACACAGGACGGGAACGGCUUCCGGCUGCAUGCAGUCGAACGGUUUCUUCUGCGGGGAGGGGGCGGCAGCCGGGGAGUCUCCACGCCAGACAGCACCACCACCGAAGAACGCGAGGGGAGGACAGCGGGAGGGAGAAAGCUUCUCCAAGGGCACGAAGGAAGAAACCGUCUUUCUGAAGUAGCCUGCGACACGUUGGGCGGCAGGAAAACCCUUAGCGAAAAAGCAGAGAACAGCGAGGAAGCGGCGCACCGUGGAGGACGUGAAGGAGGCGCCGAACGAGGAAACCGCAGAGCAGAAGUGGAGGGCAGCGAAGAAGGCGACGAGGGAGCGAAGCUCACCAUGGGGCCGUACAGACAGAACGCGAGAUGGCGUCGGGAUAAGGAGACGAGCAGUUCUCUGGUCCCUCUAAGAACAGGAAGAGACCAAGAUGAGUGCAUCCUGCGCAACGGAGGCGAAACGAAGAGUUACAGAAGCACGGAGAGAGAAGCACGAAGAACCGGUACUCUGCGAAGAGCGUCCAAAUUUGCAUGCACAGCAGAGCUGACGGGGGAAGAGAGCGGUUUGGGGUUUUUGAGAUUUCCGCCGCAACUCGCGCGCGUUGUGCAGCACCUGCGCCGGCUCAAGAGAGAGCGCGAUCGUCUUUCGAAACGCGUUCAGCUUCUUCAGUCGAACGCCUGGGCGGGAAUAACGUAG